AUGUUACCUGCAGUUGUGCCAGUGUCUGGCCACAAGAAACGAAAAGAACCACCACCUUGCACAACAGAGAGUGAUGAUCCUCUCUGGAGAAAUAUCUUUGCUCCUGGAUCGUUCAUAACGUUAGAAUGUUAUCAUGUGCCGUCGAGUCAUUUGGUCCAGGAUGCUUGUAAUAAGAAAGCGGAGCGUAGUAAUCGAGAACAAAUUGCUGUAGCAGUGAGUGAUUCUUCAGAGUAUUAUCGAUUUGAAAUGAAAACUCGAGUGCCUAAAAAGACUCAAAAUUUUAAACAACUCAUCAAACAAUUGCGGAUUUAUUGGGCCGUUGGAACCGAUGACUUUUAUCCAGGAAUUACCUUUGGUACUGAAUUAUAUUUUCCGAGCAAUAGAGAGGAUUUAUUACGAAUUAUUAAAACACAUGUGGACGAUUGGACAACGAGUGAUCGUUUGAAAAAGUAUCAUGCAAAAGUGAGUGGAAAGAAUUUUGUUUUAAAGGGAUUGGACAAGGUAUUUAAAGCAAAUAAGAGUUAUCCGUUACAUGAAAUAUUGGAUCACACCUCGACCAAUCAUGCCGAGUCGUUUAAAGGACGAGAUUUAUACAAAAUGUAUCUCGAUUAUGACGAUCUUUCGGUUGUGAAAGUGGACCUUAUUCAAUCGAAUGCAACCAAUGAGAAAUCAACGGACUCAACACUCUUUGACGAAGAUGAAAAUGGCGAUACUGAUACUGAAGCCAUGGUAACAGGAUCUUCAGAUGAAAAAAACGAAAUGAUGAAAAAAAAGAAAAAACUCCCAUCAACCAUUACAAAACUCGUUGCAUCCUCGAAAUGUGAAGAUGAUUCCUUCAUUCAAUUAGUGGCCUCUCUUGUGAAAUAUGAAAACAUGCCAAAAGAUGACAUUGGAAAAUAUGGAGCUAUGAUUGAAAAAUGUAAUGAUCAUGCAUUACCACGGGCAUCAAGUGUUAUUGAAAAGUCCACUUGCAACAGCUAUGAAUUUCUGAAAUUGGCCAUAGAAUUGAGAAUGAACGAUAUUGUGACCUUAGAUCAAUUCUAUAGAUAUGUUGCUAAAUGUUUCACUCCUUCUCAUCCUGAUGACAAUCGAAAAUUGUGGCUUUCAUGUGGCUCAAACCUGAACAUGACAUGCAAGUGA